GGACGCUCUAGACCACCGGGAGGCUUCGGUCUCGGUGGUGUCCAGGUCGCUACGCAGCGACCACCAAGCAAGGAAGCUUCCCCGGUCCGGUAGCUCCCUGGCAAGUAGAACAACGAAAGCCACAGGGGCCCCCGCGUUUCCUGAAGAACGGAAGCCUCAAGUGGAGCGUCGAAUCCUGGGAGCCAUGGCCGGGAGAGCACGGACGGGAGGCUGGGUCAAACGCCACCUUGCGGUGGGAAGUACCCAAGGCCCGCCGGUUGCCGGGUCCCCCUUUCCAUCCUUGUGGACCCUUCCUUUAGCUAGAGUUCAAAACUUGCCCAAUUUAGAGGAUUUUGAGGAUGAGAUUUGAAUCGUAGCAUAUAGCGCAGAGGCUUUGAGAGACCUUGAGAUGAGAUGAACCAUUUUGUAUGUUGAACAUACCUGAAUUGCUGAAGACUGGAAAAUGUGCUGAGAUCAGUUGUGUGGUGGCCUGUGAGGGUGCCCAAUCUCUAGUUCCUUGACCCUACGAGUACAAGUGCUGAAAAGGAAUUUGGCAGACAUGACCAAAUAAAAGUCGUACAAGUGUGAAGUUUAUUCUGAUUGUCUGAUGGACCUCAUGUAAGCACAAUGAUUCAUUGUUAAAGGAUCAAAUGAGAGAAGACACUCUAAUGAAGACUGCAAACUGACAACAGAGCCUGGGCCUUGUGCUUUGAAGAUGGAGGAAGACUACCAUUCAGGAAAGGCAAGUGGUUUACAGGAGCUCCAAAAGGCCGGGAAACAUAGUGUCUUCAGAAUACAGACCUGUUAGCACCCUGAUCUCAGUACCCUUGGUCCAUAGACGUGUGAGAAGACAGAAUUGUGUUGUUUGGGGGCUUAACGCACAGAUUGUGGAAACUUGUGCCUCCUUAAUUCACACACUUGCCUGAGUACCCAGGACUCUUCUUCCCCACCCUCUCUUGUUAAAUCCCUUGCUCUCUCCAUUCACAUUCCCCAGGGAUCUCCAGUACAAGAUUUCGAAUAAUACCAAGGAAGGCUGGGUGGCUCCCAAAUCCAUGUCUUCUUCCAGAACCUCCUCCCUGAUGUCUAGACUUCUGUCUUUUCCCAGGACCAUAGCUAUCCAUAUGUACCUUGAACACAGUUUUUCUGAAAUGAAGCUGAGAGCCUCAUGACCAGCCUGGCAGUUCCACCUUCUCAUUCACCCUGAACUCUUCCUCAUGUCCCACACCCAUCCCACCACAUCUGAUUGGCCCAGCCCCCAGAAUCUAUUUUUUGGAUUUCCUUCUUCCCUCCGCCCGCCUGGCUUCUGACCUGACUAUCUGUUGCCCACUCCUUGUUCUUAUUGUUCUGACCUUACAUCAUUGUCAGCUAUACUGCUGCUGCACUGUGAGCCAAAACAGUACCUUGGAACAGCCACUGUCUCAUAGCACAUGACUGUGGGUAGUGAAUUAACUGCAGGUCAGAGCUAAAAUGUAUAGGACACUGGAGAAAACUGACUCACAGAGGAAACCAAGAACAUGAUGUGACUGAAAUCCGGGACCCUUAGAAGUAUUUCUGUCAAGUUUUCUGGACUCCCCUGGGACAGCUGGCUCUGCAUGUGGCUUUCUCCUGCCACCUUGCGAACACUUCUCUAGGGGUAGGACUUGGCAUGGAACUGGGGCUUGGCACAUGGCUCCAGAACCGUUGGUCUUAUCUCAAGGGCUGAGUGCACUCUAGCAAUGGAUUUCUCAGGCCUUCCUAUCUCACCGGCUUGUCUCCAAGGAGGAGCGGACAUGAGAAGAAACACAGGAGAGGGCAGGGACAGCUCUGAGAGAUUCCAUGCAGAAGUCUAGCUGUCGACAGUUGGGAGCCUGUGGGAAGCCGGUGUUGCAGACAGAGCCAUGAAUAGUGCUGAGGAAAAAUAAAAAUCUCUUCUUUAUGGGUGCUGCUCUGCAGUGCUACUCAUGCACUGCACAGGUGAGCAACAAAGACUGUCUGAAUGUGCAGAACUGCAGCCUGGACCAGAACAGCUGCUUUACAUCGCGCAUCCGGGCCAUUGGACUCGUGACAGUUAUCAGUAAGGGCUGCAGCUCAAAGUGUGAGGAUGACGCGGAGAACUACUACUUGGGCAAGAAGAACAUCACAUGCUGCUAUUCUGACCUGUGCAAUGUCAACGGGGCCCACACCCUGAAGCCACCCGCCACCCUGGGGCUGCUGGCUGUGCUCUGCAGCCUGUUGCUGUGGGGUUCCGGUCGUCUAUAGGCUCUAGGAAAGCUCUACCAUAGCCCGACAGUGCAGGGAUUGAGCUGCACCCCCUCCCCCACCCCACUCGCGUGCACAACCACCACCACUCCUAACUCCCACACAGAGCUGGCCCUCUCCACCCCAACCCCCUCCACCAGGGGCCUCUCUCCUCUCUGCUGCUAUUUGUAUGGCUAGCGCUUUGCUCACCCCACCCCAUCAGCACUGUGCCCUACCAGUUCCCAUCAGAGGCUCCUGCUGCAGGACUCCCUCUCCACCCUACUCUCCAGGGCCUGAGCCAGUCUGCACAGCAGCAUUUGGGGAGGGCCAGGUAGAGGCUGAGAAGGAAUGGAGUGAACAGAAAUGAAGCUGAGAGGUGGGUGCGAGGCACCAGGAGUCCUAGGAGACGGUGCCUGGGGGACAUGCUCUACAUUUGCAGAGCCCUAGGAAACAACGGUCCUGUAAUAAAUACCUGUUGGGUAAGUGGA